AGAGUGUUACUCGCGGUCAUCCCGGCUCAGGAUUUUUAUCUGCACUGACGGGGAGGCGGGAGGAGGAGACACCGGGGGUGGCUCUGAUCGCCGGCGACACCUUUCUGGGCUCUAUAAAUUGAGCACCUGGGAUGGGUAGGGGGCCGACGCCACCACAGCCGCCCACAGUUGCAGCCGGUCACUGACUACAGCAGCGCCCGCAGGCAGCAGCCUCCAAAAGCGAGAACUCUGAGCUACUCAGCAGAAGAGGAUCUCGAGGAGCAGGAGGAGUCUCUCAGCCAAGCCAGGGCUCGACCCACAGACCACGAGCCGCCAUUGCGAGCUUUAGGACGCCAAAGCCCUGAGAAGCCGCGCAUCCCGCAGGGCAGGGCUGUGAGCGAGACGAGAGUUGGAGAGGGCGGAGGAGGAGCUGAAAAUCCCGCCAGUCCGGCUUUAGCCAAGCCCCCGGCGCGGGCCUCUGAGAUCUCGUGAAGGCGGGCACCCCCUCUCCCCAGCCGGUCAUUCCGUGCCCCUGUGCUUCGGCGCCCGUGCGGCAACCAUGAUGCAAAUCUGUGACACCUACAACCAGAAGCACUCGCUCUUUAACGCCAUGAACCGCUUCAUCGGCGCGGUGAACAACAUGGACCAGACGGUGAUGGUGCCCAGCCUGCUGCGCGACGUGCCCUUGGCCGAGCCCGGGCUGGACAACGACGUCAGCGUGGAGGUAAGCAGCAGUGGAGGCUGCCUGGAGGAGGGCACGCCCCCGGCCCCCGGCCCCGGCAGUGCCAAGAGCAGCUUUUUUGCGCCCUCCCGGGACAUGUACAGCCACUAUGUGCUGCUCAAGUCCAUCCGCAACGACAUCGAAUGGGGGGUUCUGCACCAGCCGCCUCCGCCAGCGGGGAGCGAGGAGGGCAGCUCCUGGAAGUCCAAGGACAUCCUAGUGGAUCUGAGCCACUUGGAGGGCGCGGACGCCGGCGAGGAGGACCUGGAACAGCAGUUUCACUACCACCUACGCGGGCUGCACACUGUGCUCUCCAAACUUACGCGCAAAGCCAACAUCCUCACCAACAGAUAUAAGCAGGAGAUCGGCUUCAGCAAUUGGGGACACUGAGGCGGGCCGCCCGCGGCUGCUCAGCACCCUUCCCGGCCCCAUCUCUCACCCUCUACUUCCUCAAAGCUGUAUUUCUGGCCGUAGGGCGCGAUGGGCCGACUGCGAAGUUGGGGAGCUGUGUACGUGAAGGGGGCGCAGUGGGGCUGCACGGAGGAGGGGGCUUCUUUUGGGAGAAGAGAAGAGAAGGAAGUGGUGGCGGGUGGGGGUGCAAAUCAAGGAUCUUCUUCCCUCCCACGGGGUGAUGGGGGUCUGUGUUCUUCUUUGGUGGGGAUGGGACUGGGCUGACGCCCUGCAUUCAGCCUGUGCCUUUCCUGGAGUUUCUUUUUUGUUCUUUCCGGAGAAGGGCCGAGAAAUGGCCAUGCCAGGGCGCGGCGCUGGGUUGCCACACUUUGGAGCUCCGCCCCGAGCUGGGUGCUGGGGAAGGCGGGGCACGCAGCAGCCUCCCGCCUCCUGGUGGUUGGGCUGAUGGAGGCCGCAGCGUUGCUAGGAUUGCAUCAGUUUUCCUGUUUGCACUAUUUCUUUUUGUAACAGUGGCCCUGUCUUAAAUAUUUGGAAUCUCCUCCUUGCUCUGAAAUUUAAGCGAUUCCAUUGUGAUAAGCGCACAAACAGCAAUGUCUGUGGAUAACCGGUACUACUUUAUUAACGAUUUUCUGUUACACAGUAUAGUUGUCCUGUGGCACGCCUACCCCAUGCCUUUCAUGCCACCCCUGCCCCCAUCCCAGUGUGUAUAAGUUGGCACUGUGUCAGCUUGUACGAACCUUGCCACUCAGCCAGUGGAAAUGAUAACAUGAGAAAGUGGACCUAUCUGAAAUGGAACCAACUGACAUUCUAUCAGUGUUGUACAUAGAAUGAUGAAGAGUUCCACUGUUGUUAUGUCUUAAAUUUAUUUAAAACUUUUUAAAAUCUAGAUGUAGACUAUUCUAAAAAAUAAAAGGCAAAUGUGUUAACAAAA